AUGAAAUCCAACCAAGAGCGGAGCAAUGAAUGCCUGCCACCUAAGAAACGAGAAAUCCCUGCCACCAGCCUGCCUUCGGACGUGAAGCCAGUCCUGCCAAAUGAAAACCACCGUGCGGAUAACCUACCAUGGCUCCCCAGCACACCCAGUGCCCAGAGCAGCCUGGGGGGCCGGCACCGGCCCAUGGGGACAUCGUCGGUGGAGGUGGGCUUGCAGCAGGGUUUGCACAAGUCGCUGUCUGCAGGGCUGGACUAUUCCCCGCCAAGCGCGCCCCGCUCUGUUCCAGCCUCCACGACUCUUCCCACGGUGUACUCACCUGCCCUCUCCCAGUCAGGGACACCCAUUUCCCCUGUGCAGUACACACACCUGCAGCACACCUUUCAGUUCGUCGGGCCCCAGUACAGCGGAUCAUACACCGGAUUCAUCCCCUCACAGCUGAUUUCCCCAACAGCCAAUUCUGCGACGGGCGCCGUGGCGGCGGCCACGGCCGUUGCGACCACUCCAUCCCAGCGUUCCCAGCUGGAGGCUUAUUCCACUUUGCUGGCCAGCAUGAGCGGCUUAAGCCAGCAGGGGCACAAAGUUGAGCCGCACCUGGUCAGGACGCCUGGACUGAUCGCCGCUGGGUCUCCUCCACCCACCCAGCAGAACCAGUAUGUCCACAUUUCCAGCUCUUCCCAGAGCACUGUUAGGAACGUCUCUCCUCCAACCAUCCCGGUCCCCCUGCACCCCCAUCAGACAGUGAUCCCACACACCCUCACCCUCGGCCCUUCCUCCCAAGUGGUGGUGCAGUACACCGACUCGGGGAGUCACUUUGUCACCAGGGAUCCCCCCAAGAAGCCAGAGAGCAGCCGGCUGCAGGUGAUGCAGGCCAAGGAGGUACUGAACGGCGAGAUAGAGAAGAGCCGGAGGUACGGCAUUUCACCCUCCACAGACAUGGGUCUAGUCAAAGCAGGCAAUAAACCAGCUCCCCAUCAUUACGAGACCAGGCACGUGGUGGUCCACUCGAGCCCCGCUGAGUACGGUGUGCGGGAUUCCUCAGGUGUCCGAGCCUCCGUUAUGGUGGUCCCCAACAGCAGCACGCCCACGGCGGACAUGGAGGUGCAGCAAGCCACCAACUGCGAGACCUCUCCCUCAACCCUCAACGACAAGGGAAGCUUGCACUUAGGAAAGCCAGCCCACCGCUCCUACGCCUUGUCUCCGCAGCAGGCUCUAGGCCACGAGGGGGUGAAGGCGGUGGCCACGCUGUCCCCUCACACCGUCAUUCAGACUACCCACAGCGCCUCCGAACAACUCCCCGUUGGGUUGCCGGCGACAGCCUUCUAUGCCGGGACCCAGCCACCGGUGAUCGGCUACCUGAGCGGGCAGCAGCAAGCCAUCGGCUACCCCCGACAGCUCCCGCUCCCCGGCACCCAGUCCCUGCUGAUACCAGUCGGUGGCGCGGCCGUCGAGCCGUCGGGAGUGGCGCCUGCCAUCGUCACGACAUCUCCUCAGUUUGCAGCAGUGCCUCACACGUUCGUCACCACCGCUGUCCCCAAAAGCGAGAACUUCAGCGCGGAGCCCCUCACCACCCAGCCCGCCUACCAGGCCACCAUGGUGCAGGCACAGAUCCACCUGCCCGUGGUACAAUCCAUCGCGUCCCCUGCCACCGCGCCUCCCACGCUGCCCCCCUACUUCAUGAAGGGGUCGAUCAUUCAGCUGGCUAACGGGGAGCUGAAGAAAGUCGAGGACUUGAAAACAGAAGACUUCAUCCAGAGCGCGGAAAUUAGCAACGACCUGAAAAUAGACUCCAGCACUGUGGAGAGGAUUGAAGACAGCCAUAGCCCAGGCAUUGCUGUGAUACAGUUUGCAGUUGGGGAGCAUCGAGCACAG